AACUUAGCAGGGUAUUCUUAUGCUAAAAUUUUGUGCUCAAAUUUUCGCAACAUCGCAAAUUGUAAAUUACAGCGUUGUCAUCACGUAACUAUAAGCAACAAAAAGUGUCUCAAACUAAAAUGGCUGCUAAAUGCAGUAAUGUAAAUAGAUUAGAAGUUUUGGCUCGACCUAAACCUAUACCUGAUGGCUUUAUUGAUGAUAGACAAUCUGUUUACUGGGACAACCAAUUCACAAAAGAUUGGACUAAAAGUGACUUGAGUACUAAAUUUGUUUUGUCAGACAGGUUAACUCAAUUAACAAAUCCAAAACUUAUUCACACAGAUUGGAAAGGUGACAGAAACUCUCCAAUAUGGGUGAUUAGUCGAGGUGCAUUGAAUAGCAAAGCAUCCAAUAGACUUGAGUCUUUAGCAGAGCCAAAGGUUCACCACAAGGAUUUUCAAAUACCAAAAUCAGUUUAUACGGUAAUAAGUUCUACAGCUAAAAAAGCUCUGCCAAGUGAUCGUAUUCAGAUGUUAGCAAAACCAAAACUCUCCGCUGAGUUAGGUAUUAAGCCAGACAGCUGCUGGGAUUACUCUGAAUGGCAUUCGGAUGUUUCAGAAGCUGCUUUAAAAUGUGAACCUUCUGCUCGAGUAGUGCAAUUAGCUGAGCCGAAAAAGUUGUAUGCAUCAUAUAAAGAAUGUCGUUCCGUGAUAUGGGAUGUAUCUAGCGGCGCAAAAAAUGCAUUGCCAACCAUUCGUGUUCAACAGCUUGCACUUCCCAAAAAAAGUCAGUAUAAAGAAGAUUAUGACAGUGACUGGGAUAAAGUAAAUCCUACAGCUCUGGUUGCUAAAGUCUCUCCACGAAUUGAAGAAUUAGCUCAACCUUUACCGAGGAAAUCCAAACGAAAAUCUCCAAAAUUGACUUUAAAAAGUUGAGUUGAAAUUCGAACUAUUGCACAUCUUAUUUAUAUACUUGUCUUUUUUGCAAUUUUUUUUUCAAAAUUAAUUUUUUUUAACCUAGUAAAGUAUAUUUGAUUUAAUAUUUGUUUGUUUUUUUGUAACAUUUG